ACAUUCAGGCGAAAGAGACCCGCAUGCGCAGAACGCUUUUGAUGCUUGGAAUGCCCUUACACUACAUUAGUUAAAUAGCAGCAUACUACUGUAGUUAAGCAUUAAAAGGGGUCAGCGACAUACAUGGACCUGUCAUUGAGACGAGCAGUAUCUUUACAGACAAAGGAUGACUUAAUUGCACAAGAAUUUAAAAACAAUGGAGAUUUUCUUGAUUAUUUGAAAACUUUUGAAAUACACAAUGAUGAAGAUGCCUCAUUUAUUUGCAAAAUUACAAAGAACUUUACCUCAGCACUUGUGAAUUAUCAGGAGCAAGAGACAAAAAAGAAGGCUUGCCAGCCAUCUUCAGACAAAAAUAAUAAAGAACACUCUAAGAAACCCUCAGAAGCAGACAAGCCAGUGUUUUCCCCAUCUGCCUCAUCGUCCAGUUUAUCUACAGAAACAUAUUCAAAUCCACCAUCAAUACCCCCAACAAAUGAUGCUACUGAGGUAUUUUUUAACAGCAUCAAGAAUAUGGAAGCAUCUGAGGUGGUUAGUGUGUUCCAGAAAAUUGCUGCUACAAAUCCUGCUUUUAAAGGCAUUGACAUACCAAGCCUGAUGAAAUACUUACAAGAAACUGGAAAGCUAAAGAACUCAUAACAACUUUAGAUAGGGAAUGCUGUUAAUUCCAUAAUUUAGUUUGUUUUUCUAUGUAAAAUAGGAUUAAUGUACACGUAAGGUGUAAUCUAUAUUUGCAUUUAUUUAUGGCUGUAUUUUGUAUUAAUGUUUAAUACAAUUGCAAUAAAAGAGCAUAUCUGAAAUCAA